GGGAGCUUCAAGAAGGUCCCGGUCAUUCCCUCCUCCGAUGUAAAAACUGGAGGAAUUUACCAACUUCGCCAGGGUCUAAAUCGACGUAUUCGAGUGCUAAUUCGUCCAAAUGAGCUUAGUCGAAGAGAGAGAGGUGUUUUACCUCUAUUUUGCGAAACGGUUUCUAAGGAAUAUGAUCUUGAGACAGUGCGGCACAAGUGGUGCAACGCAAUGGACGAAUGGCAGUCUUACCUGCAGAGUAAUUUGCAAGCAUUAGCGAAGAAAAGAGAUAAGGAAGCCGUGGAUGAAGCGAAGGAGGGUUAUCUUCUAAAUCGUUGGGUAUCCUCUAUUUUGGAACGAGAUGCGAUCCUUGUGCCUGCAGCCGGUUCCAGCCUUCCUGGUGCCCCAGCCACUGAAAACCCACCACCAGGACUCGAACAGCACACUCCUCUUAUAUUUGCCGAUCUUGGAGAUGGGGUGUUCAAUAAAGCGUUGAAGGUAGGAGCUCACUCCUAUCUCGAAGGUGAGGAGGCAGCUUUGAAGGAAGGAAAAGCAUUUGUCACCCUCCCAUUAAUCAAAACUUACGCCACCUUGAUCGGAGCAUUGGCCUCAUGGGACUCAAACUUACACGAGAGUGAUCUGCUCAACAAAAUUACACCUCCUUCUGAGCGGAUCUAUCUCAUCGUCAAGGUGAGUUAG